AUGCCGAGACGAUCGACAAUCACGUUCCGCUUGGCUGUGACCUUCUCCCUGAUCGCCUUCAGAACCAGGUCAACCAUAGCUAGAAGCUUAGGGCCGUUUUCGUGUGGCGGCAGUAGUGUGCUCGCGUUGGAAAAACAGGUGUUUCGGCCACGCUACAGGCCCAAACCACUCGCCGUCACGCUGCGAAACGCCCUGGAUCGACCCAGGACAUCACCAGCCCAGGCCCGGCAACGCUACGCCGGACGAACCGCGUACGUCACCACACGUGGUUCCGGAACUGACCGGCUUCCGCCGGAGAAGGACGGCAGCAACCGUCAACCAUCUGCGUCCACCACAUCGGCCACGCGCAACCGCAACCGAGCACGUGCGUCAGUAUCAGCGCGACCUCGCUGAGGUCCGAGCAGCGGCCCGCCUUCGAGUGGCGGCCACGAUAGGGUUCGGCGUGAAUUCACGUUGAACAGCAGCAACAUCAACAGC